GCGCAGGGACCGGGCGCGGGGCGCGCGCGCGGCAGGACGCAGGCUCCGCGAUGGCGCUGUCCGCCGCGGACAGGGCAGCGGUGCGCGCGCUCUGGAGGAAGCUGGGGAGCAACGUCGGCAUCUACACAACCGAGGCCUUGGAGAGGUGCGGCCACCCGGCCCCCGUGACCUCCGGCUCCCGGGCUUUGCGCCUCCGCCGCCGCGCCGGGUACCCCCGCCCCCCGGGCUUCCUCCCCAGGACGCACCUCACUCGAGCUUCCUCCCGCAGGACCUUCGCGUCCUUCCCCGCCACCAAGACCUACUUCCCCCACUUCGACCUGAGCCCCGGCUCCGCCCAGGUCAAGGCCCACGGCAAGAAGGUGGCCGAUGCGCUGACCCUCGCCGUGGCCCACCUGGACGAUCUGCCGGGCGCGCUGUCGGCGCUGAGCGACCUGCACGCGCUCCAGCUGCGGGUGGACCCCGUCAACUUCAAGUUCCUCGGCCACUGCCUGCUGGUCACCCUCGCCCGGCACUACCCCGGAGACUUCGGCCCCGCCAUGCACGCCUCGCUGGACAAGUUCCUGAGCCACGUGAGCGCGGCGCUGGCCUCCAGCUACCGCUAGACUCCAGGGGGCGUCGCGGGACCCCAGCCGCCCCUCCCGAGAGCUCCGGAGUCCCAGUAAAGUCCAGCCAGAAAGCCUCGACCGGCCGCACGUGUCGUCUCUGGGGGCGCGCGCGGGUCUGCGGGGUCGGGGGGUCCGGGCACCUCUGAGGCGCACCCCACGUCAUCAGACCCGGGCGCGCCCCUGGCUGCUCGCUGGGCGCCCUGCGCGGUCGAGGGGAGCCCUAGGUCGCCCCCAUCCCUGGCGCCCGAGACAGGCUUGGGGAGGGGCCCGGACCGUCCUCCGGAACCGCCCUCAGGGUCCACCCUCCGGGAAGGGGAGGGAGCGGCGCCUCCUGCCGGCGGGGCCCAGGACCUGCGCAGACUAAGGCCCUGGAGGGGGCCCUGGAGGCCGGUGUGAGAGGCCCUCGCCAGACCCUGGACCUGGGCGGUGGGAGUCGUGUAGUAGACAAGGUGGAUCCGGCGGGAGCCCUGCCUACACCCCACACUUCUGAGGAGACAGACGUCAGAGCAUUUUUCUGUUUUGUUUUGUUUUUAGCUAUUUCUUCUCCAAAUCAAUCAUAGUCAUUAAAGAAACAGAAAAUAGCGCACUUACUGCCCCUUCCUCUGUAUCCCAGCGGGUCCAGCGCAUCCACCUGGCGCAGGAGCAACUGUGAACACACGGGGAGGACAUGGGGUCAGAUCAAGAGCGUGUGUGUCACACACACACACACAUACACAGACACGCAGGCGUGCAACAAGCUAACAUUGAAUGCACAGCGCUCCAGGUCCUUCCGGGAACAUUUGGAUAUAUUUUUCUUAAAUGGCAUCCUCAAAGUGACACUGGGAAAAGUGGCACAUAGGACAUAUAGAGAGGAAAGUGCCCGGUCCGGGGAGGGAAGAACAGCAACAUGGGGGGAUUGGAGAAAAAUACUGUCACAGACAGCGGGGGAAGGGUUCCAACCUUCCUCACACAAGACACACCUCCACAUUCUUUUACCUUCCCCCACCUUUUUCUGAGCUAGUGAACCCAGCAGAAGAGCAAGUGGAAGGAGAAACUGGCAGCUCACAGGGGCCGAUGGCACACAGACAUUUGCAGUGAUCCUCAAACACGUGCAUGUUGAAAUGCUCCUUAACAGGAUAAUGAGCAGGAAAAGACAUAAAAAGGCAAGAUCUAAUACACUUGUGCUGGAAGUGUACCCCAGAAUGACCUUCUG